GCGCAGAACCCACCACGCGUUCCUGGCAUGUGACACGGUUGCGCCUCCCCGGCCUCCCAAAACGGCCCAGCGUCGUCGCGCCGAGCGUCUUCGCCUCGAGCUGCCCGGCUGCAUCGUCGGCGCGGUCCCUGCAUCGAAGUUUCGCCGCUCGUUUCGGAACUGGUGCGCGCCGUAUCCGCACCGCAAACGACGCUAGCACAAAGUCUUGGCUGUGUGCUUGGAGCUGGAGACUGCGACGGCGACAACAUUGCAUAGCAGGAGGCAUGCCGAUCACCAAAGAUGUGGUCAAGUUUGGCGCCUUCGUCGUGACAAGUCAGGUCUUCCACCUGACGCGUCUGUCAUUCGCCCUGGUAAACCUCAAACCGCUGCUGCCAGGCCAUGUACUUGUCUCGCCUCGUCGGAUCGUGCCGCGCUUCAACGACCUUACGUCGGCCGAAGUGCAGGACCUCUUCCUGACCGUGCAACACGUGUCGCGCAUGGUGGAGCGCGUCUUUGCUGCCUCAUCAUUGAACAUCGCCAUCCAGGAUGGCGAAGACGCGGGGCAGAGCGUGCCGCACGUGCAUGCCCACAUCAUCCCUCGAAAGAAGGAUGACCUGGAACACAGGGGUGGCACCGACGCCAUCUAUGAGAUGAUGGAGAGCGAGGAAGCUCAUCUUGGAAACCAGAUGAAGCAGAAGGAAAGGGCCGAUGAGGAGGCGAGGGGUGGGUUUCCUGCCGUUGACAAUGACAGUCGCAAGCCGAGGAGUAAUGAAGAGAUGCAGAAGGAGGCAGAGUGGCUGGCAGAGGAGAUGGCGAAGGACGAGCAGGCACAGACAGCCUGA